AUGUAUGUACCUCACGCUCCAGGCUCGGGCUUUCCGUUUGUCGAGUUCGAUAUUUCCCAGUCCGCCUCGGGCGCUCCCGUUCUGUGCGCAUGGCCUCUUAGUGGGCAGUACGGCGUCGGCUCGCGAUAUCUGUACUAUGCGCUGGUGCUCGUUAGCAUAUUCUUUCUGAAGACGGACUGGAUGCGUGGUGCGGCCACGGCGGCGGCUCUUAUAUACGCUGCCGUCGCUGCCCUUCAUGCCAUCAUCCUUGCGGUAUACUCGCAGAAGCAUGUUGUUGACAUGGAUAUAUUUGGCGCGUUCCAGAUAUUGGCCAUCGGAGUCCUGUCGGCGCCAAUCACCGUCAGAUAUUCGAGGGUCUACUUCCAGACAGACGGACGUAAUAUCAUCUUCUUGUGGACUCUACUCGUGAUCGCAGGUCUCUUAAGCCUCGUCGCUUGCUUCGCUCGUGCUACCGAACAAACAUGCGUGGACUCAAGCGGCAAUAAUGUCACCAUAGCCAACUUCACAGCGAGCAUGAGUAGCAGUGAUCUUGACCUGUGUAACCUUGGGUGCGGCACAGCGUUCUCGCCAAUUCGACAGGAUCCGCAGAACCCUGCUCAGUACAUCCUAGUGCCGCACAAAGGGAUGACGCUUGAUACUGCCACACUGCUUUGCGCUGCCUGCUGCAUUCCGGCGCUCCUCAGCCUGAUUGUCAUGUGGCAAAAGGUCAUGAGAGCCAACUGGCAGCUACUAUACGGCAGCAAACCCGAAGAGGAUACACCGCCGCGUGUCAUGGCCCCAUCCCCAAUAUCUCCCGAGUUCCGCAACGCAAGCGACAGUCGUUUACGUCGUGAAGAGAAGAAGAUGGAUGCGAUUAUCAAACGCGGGCUGAACCUUGUCGAGCGCAUUGUAUACUGCGUCUGUAUCUUGACGGUUGUGGUCCUGGGAGAGGAGAACUUUUGGAGUCCUGAGACGCGCUUGGGUGUCGAGCCGAUGUCUUCUGUUGGUCAGUGGGCUCCAAUCGUUGGUGCAGUAUUUGCGGCUCUUGGAUCGGCGUACACCUCAUGGUUGAGCCCUCGGCUGCCUGAAGAUGCGCAAGCGGAUAUGCGAACAAGCAACCUCGGUCUCAUCAGGCUCACGGAUUCUCCUCACAACAUGAGCGAGCUACCGACACCCGAUGUGCCACAGCCUCCGCUCACAAGUGGCCGACACCGUCGCCGAAGCUCUACUCUCCGAGAAGAGAUGCACCAUCAUCGCCAGCAGUUUGCUCGCGGGCUUGAGCGUGUUGUGGCCUUGACAACGCCGGCAGUCGAUCGUUUCGCGGACGAUAUCACGAAGACGCCUGGGCACGAUCAGUUCCGGGACUAUCCUCUCGUUCCGGGCGAAGAGUUACGCUCUGACCACUGGGAGGAGGAUGUACUGCGGCACCGUCUAGUAACGGGACGCAGUCGGAGCGUACAGAGCGUGGCCUCUGUUAUCAGCGGCGCAAGUGGCUCGAGUCAAGGAACACAGGAUGCUCGUCCGGGGCUGAUACGUGCGUCCUCCAUCGGAAGAACAGACUCUGGCGGUCUUCUUGCGUUACCGACGUGGUCGACGCAAUCCGCCAGAAUCGGCCCUACGUCGUUGAUCUUCGGCCCUGCUGAGUCGUCGGAGAGUGCCGUCGAGGACGAUGAUGCUAUUAUCAUGGUGAACCGCAGCUCCAGCUCGCCAUCGUCCAGCCCUUCCUCCAGCCCACCGAUCAUCGUCGUAACUUCAGACGAGUCUCCUUGA